AUGGAUAUCGUCAAAGGCAUCCAAAAACGCCUACCCUCGACCGACGAUCUGCCCACGCUCAAGUCGCUCCAAUUCACAUCGCUCAAGGAUGCCUCAGAAAAGGUCGCGCCGCGCCUGUCCUUCUUCCGGAAGCGAAUACGUAUCCGGCCCAACAGCAAGAUCAGUAUACCUCUCUAUCUGGUCCUUCUCUUUCCCUGCAUAGUCGUGAUAGUGAUACUAUUGCUCUUUGUACGGCAUCCCGCCUCCUCGGGAGGCAGGUUGAUACCCUCGGGAGCGCCACCCAGCUAUCGCAAGAUCAGCGAGAAGCAUGACAAGGUCUUCGUAAACGGCUGUCUGGAUCCCAAGAUCACCUCCAAGGAGCACGAGCGGAUGAACGCAGCGUUCGUGGUGCUCGCGCGGAACAAGGAGUUGGAUGGAGUGAUUGAGAGCUUGAAGAGCGUGGAAAGACACUUCAAUCGCUGGUUCCACUAUCCCUACGUCUUCCUCAACGAUGGGGAAUUCAACAGCACGUUCAAGGAGACGGUGCAAAACUACACCAGCUCCCUCGUGGAGUUUGGUAAGAUUGGACCCGAGCACUGGGGUUAUCCAGACUGGACCAACGCCAACGUGGCCAAGGAGGGCAUCCGGAAACAGGGCGACCAGGCUAUCAUGUACGGCGGCAUGGAAUCAUAUCACCACAUGUGCAGGUUCUACUCUGGCUUCUUCUACAAGCACGAACUGCUGCAAAAGUACGAGUGGUACUGGAGAGUUGAGCCCGAGAUCAAGUACUUCUGCGACAUGACCUACGACCCCUUUGUGCACAUGGCUCGCAAUAACAAAACCUAUGGCUUCACCAUUGCCGUGAAGGAGUUGAAGGAGACGGUGCCAAACAUCUUCAGGUACGCGUCAGCCUACAAGCGCACCCGCAAUCUUACUUCGCAGGGACUGUGGGAGAUGUUUGUGGAGCCAAAGGAAGGAUACAACCAGGAUGGCACGCCGAAGCCUGGCUUCAUCCCACCGGAGGAUCUGCCCAAGGAAGAUCCCAAGUAUCAGGACGAGAAGCACAAGCCCCUGCCCGAAGACAUUCUCCGUACCGAGCCGGGUCGCGGAACUCUGCCCGACAUUGACCCCGAAGCGAUGGAGGGCGAGAUUUACAACAUGUGCCAUUUCUGGUCCAACUUCGAGAUUGCGAGGCUGGACUUCUUCCGAAGCAAAGAAUAUGAGGACUUCUUCAACAUGAUGGAUCGCUCCGGCGGCUUCUGGAUGGAACGAGUAAGGAGAUUGUGUUGAACGAAAGUGUACAAGUACUGACAGGUGACCAGUGGGGUGACGCACCCAUCCACUCCCUCGCCGCGGGAGCCCUCCUCUCGCCCAAGGACAUCCACUACUUCCGCGACUUUGGCUACCGACACACGACCAUUCAGCACUGUCCCGCGAACGCGCCAGCGCGCCAGCUCCCACGAGAGCCGUAUCUCGAAAUGACGACGCUCGACGAGAAGGCGCGCAAGGAAGAAGACGAGUACUGGGCGAAGUGGGACCCGGAGAUCGAGAACGGCGUCGGGUGCAGAUGUCGAUGCGACACGGACAUUGUUGACGUGGAGGGGAAAGAAGGAAGCUGUAUACCUGAAUGGGUGGAGAUUGCGGGAGGCUACAUCACGCCGCAAGGACCGGGAUAG